AAUCACGAUUACUACUUACAUUGGACGGUGUGCCAGCAAGCCGCACUAUGCCGAUCGAAGCUGGUGUACAGAAGAAGGGUUCUUUGCACCUGAAUGUUGUCCAUAGUGAUCAAAUCUGGAAAGAUCACGUCCGACAUGAAACCAACUCCCAGCUCAGGAAGUGGCCGGAGAGAUGGGGGUACCUUGUACAGGAGUAUGACAGGAUGACCAGUGUCCUGGAGGGCAAGCCCCCGAAGCCUGGCCAGUCGUUCUAUGGCGGCCAACCACAGUCAAAACAUGGAGAGAUCAGGCUUCCACCAAUCAGAUGCCUCAAAACAACCAGAGAUACUUACUUCCCAGUCACAACAGCCCGUGAGAUUGGCUGGAAGACGGUUGGGCCAGUGAAGGACCCCCUGUGUAACAAGUGGGCACCCCGGGCCCGAGGAAAGUUUGGCAUCCUGAAGCUGCUGAAAUGGCCAGCUGAGGGAGCGCCUUAGCCUCAAUGGACUACAUCAUUACAGACUCCAGAAGCAUCUUACCGUUAAAACACAGCUUUUGAAACUGCUUUCUGUCAAAUUUAAGACUAUGGCUCUUGUUUUAACAUUAUUUUAUUACAUUGUUAAUAUGUACAAAUUAUUUUCUCAUCAUAUUUUUGCAUGAAGGAGUUUGUUUUUUACAUAAUACUGGUCAUGCGCCAGCAAUAAUCUUCAUCAACAUUUGGUCUCUUUUGUCAGUGAUUGAUAUCUAAGAAAGAAACAUCAGUCUUUAUCAUCAAUUCACAAUAAAGCCUUGUUCUUUAACAAUU